AUGGCACCAGCCCUCACCCACCCCCCAGGAGCCACCUUCCUCGAUGACCACCACAGCCAUUCCUCCAAGCCCAUUGUCGACGCCGCGUCGUACUACAACAGCGCCGACGUCCACUCUCGCUCCCGGACUUACAGCCACUCUCAGCUCCACGGUUACAAUCCUAAGAGGGUGCCCGCCUUUCAGGAGGACUGGCACUUGCGCCCUCGCCGCCUCUCGCAUGACGAAAAGACCGUGUCUGGCCCGCCCCGCCGGUUCCUCAUCGACGUAGAAGAGACAAUCCGUGUCGUCCUCGAGCAGGAAGAUACCGAUGGCGACUUCCAAAUUAGCAUAACCGACGCUGGUCCCAAGAUGAUGGCGCUAGGAACGGCGACGAGUAACGGAUUCAAAACAUUCGAUAUUAGGGGCACGUACAUGCUGUCCAAUCUCCUUCAGGAGCUCGCCCUCGCCCGGGACCACAACAGGAAGCGCAUUGUGCUCGACGAAGCGCGCCUGACCGAAAACCCGGUAGACCGCUUAUCAAGGAUGAUCAAGCACUCAUUUUGGCACUCUCUCACCCGCCGUAUCGACGGUGACGGUCUGGAAAUUAUCACAGCAGAUCCCAAAAACCGUACUGGGCGUGUCAACCCGCGCAUCUAUGUUCCCCACGGGGAGCCGGCAAUGGCGGAAUACUACAGGAAGGUUGCGAAGGAGAAGCCGCACAUGAACCUUGACGUGCAGGUAUUGCCUGAGAAGCCAGAUGAUCCGCUCUUUGUGAAAAGCUUGAACUCAAAGCCUGGCCUUUUGGCCCUCGCGAUGAACGAGGUUGAUGAUGGUGCCGGUGGAAAGACAUUGAAAGGUAUUCCAUUCAUUGUUCCUGGUGCUCGUUUCAACGAAUUGUACAACUGGGAUUCCUACUUUAUUGCACUUGGUCUUCUAGUCGACGGACAAGUCAGCAUGGCAAAGGGCAUGGUGGAGCAUUUCAUCUUCGAGAUUAAGCAUUACGGCAAGAUUCUUAACGGCAGCAGGAGUUACUACCUCUGUCGUACCCAGCCUCCCUUCCUGACUGAUAUGGCGCUCCAAAUCUACAACCAACUCGACCGGUCUGACGUCGAUGCCAACCGGGAUUGGCUCAAGCGCGCCAUUCAGGCCGCGAUCAAGGAGUACCAUACCAUCUGGGUAGCCGAACCGCGCAUGGACCCCAAGACGGGGCUCUCGCGCUACCGUCCCGACGGCUUGGGUAUCCCGCCCGAGACUGAGGCGACCCAUUUCACACACAUCCUCGAGCCGUACGCUGAGAAGCACGGCCUGUCUGUGCUCGAGUUCAGCGAGAAAUACAAUGACGGCGUGUUGAAAGAGCCUGAGCUUGACGAGUACUUCUUGCACGACCGCGCCGUGCGCGAGUCUGGGCACGACACGACAUACCGCUUCGAGAAGCGCUGUGCGAAUCUCGGCACGAUUGACCUGCAGUGCCUGCUGUACAAGUACGAGGUGGAUAUCGGGACCGCGAUUCGCGAGGUGUUUGACGACGAGCUGGAUUUGGAGGAAGAUUUCCCCCUCGCGCCGUUCCCGCCAUCCGUGGAGGCGUACGCGAACCCCAAGCGGGAGAGCUCGAAGAGCCGCGUCCAGAGGAGUGACGAGUGGUUCGAACGCGCCGAGUUUAGGCGGAAUAUGAUCGACAAGUACCUGUGGAACGAGAGCAAGGGGUUGUAUUUCGACUACGAUACCGUCACGGAGAAACAGAUUCUGUAUGAGAGUGUUACAGCAUUCUGGGCGCUUUGGGCAGGCUGUGCGAGCGAAGAGCAGUGCUGGAAGCUUGUGUCACGUUCGUUGAAGAAAUUUGAAGUUCUCGGUGGUCUCGUAUCUGGAACUGAGGAGUCGCGAGGAAAGAUCUCCCUCGAUCGUCCCAAUCGACAGUGGGACUACCCAUUCGCAUGGCCACCGCAUCAGAUUAUGACUUGGGUAGGACUCGAACGGUAUGGAUACCUUGAGGAAGCCCAGCGAUUGGCCUACCGUUUCACUUAUAUGAUGACGACUGCUUUCGUCGACUUCAACGGUGUCGUGCCCGAGAAGUUCGACGCCGUCAAACUCUCACAUUUGGUGGACGCCGAAUACGGAAACCAAGGUAUUGACUUCAAGAUGGUCCCCCGUGAGGGCUUUGGCUGGAUGAAUUCUGCAUUCCAGGUAGGAUUGUCCUUCCUGACCACGCACAUGCGACGCGCAGUUGCAGCUUGCACGAGCCCAGAAGUCUUCUUUGGAGCCGGUGCUAGUGGCGUUAGUGGAGAAUCUGCUCUGUUGACGAAUAACCUCCCGCCAUCGGAUCCGUUGGGCAUGGCGAUGGAGAAUUUGACCCUCUGA